UUUUAUGAACAAUCAUGAUUUUUUUUCUUCAAGGAAUAACGCCUAAAUUCAUGAAUAUUUUGGACUCAUACACCCAUGACUGAUGAAUUGAAAACAUUUUCAACGCGUAAGGAUAGAGCAUUGAGAACUCUGAGUUUGAAGGUCAACAUUGAAGAAGUUCAUGAUGGAUGUCGAUGAUUCCCCGUCACUAGCUAAGACAUCUGCCAAUGCAGCGGCAGGAAGGGUAGAGUCAACAGAUGAUUCUAAGCCCCUGGUUGAAAGCAUGGAUGAUUUGCUUCCUGAAAGUGAAGAAGGAUCUUUAGACAAGAAACGAAAGCGGCGUCUUAGUGAUGACAAAAAGGUUCCUCAAAAGAACCUAAAAGAAUGUCCUACUGCCUCAGUUUCUGUCCCAGCAGAUGAAGGUGACUCUGAUGAGGAUGAAGUCAGUAAUGCUGAUUAUGUCAGUGAUUAUGAUGCUGAUAAAAUUUCCGUCCCCAUCUCAUUAACCUCUAAAGAUGAAGCAGCACAGCAAGAUACUGUUCCAUCCAGGAAAACGCAUCAUCAGAAGAGUCAAACUAAACUGACAAUAAUCCCGGAAAACCAGCUUCCUCCAAAACCAGAAUUUGAACCUUUCCAGAAUUUGGGGGCAAAACGUAUCAAUAAGUUUGAUCAUGAUUCCCUCUGCGACGCCAUUAAGGAUGAGAAGGAUCUAUCCAAGUAUUUUGAGAUAUUUAAGAAAGCAGAAUGGGUUGAUUUAGAUACGUUGGAUUCAUAUCGCUGUAAGUCGUCCACAGAUGAGCUGAGAGAAAGACUGAAUACAAAGUUGAAGACUAACUGGAAUGCCACUGAUGUCGAAUUGAUUGUCAACUUCAUCAAGAAGAGUACUAGCCCAGAUGUAAAUGAUAUCAUUCAGGAAUUGAUGUCAGAUGACCGAUAUGCUGAUCUCAUCUUGAAUUAUGUUAACUUUCGUAAAUACGUUAUCCCAAAAAGUCAUCCACUAAGCAGAAUGGGAAGUCGACAGAGAGACACUGAAAUUCCCACCUUGGAUGAUGCCAAUCCCAAUGGCGAGGGUGAUUCCAACAAGGCCAGACCAUAUUUGCCCCUGUUGGACCUUCCACUGAAGAGAAACGGAAAAAACAAGGUCACUGAGUAUAUCAGAGAAAGGGCAGUGACAACAGCAAAAUCUGAUGUCAAUGACUAUAACUGCUUUGUGUUGUAUGGAGUAUCAGGAUGUGGAAAGACAAGUUCUAUAUUCAGGUAUCUUGCCUUAAACUACGGCAUCUAUUUUGAGGCAUCACUCCCAGGUGAUAUGGGCAACCAAUUGUCCCCUGAUAUAAUCUCUUUCACUGACAAGGUGGAUAAGAUAACUGGUGAUGAUAUUGAGAAAAGAACAGAGCAUCUGAUCAAGUGUCUUCUUCUUGGACGGGUCUUAUUGUUGAGAUAUGUUUAUUUGCAGAAGGUUGUGAACAUGUUGUCAAAAAACUAUAGUGUUCACCAACAGAAACUAAAACAUGCUUGGCUGCAUUUCCAGCUGCGGCUGAAUGAAGUGAGGACGACAAAUGGUGCUGAUCAACUAAUUGUCGUGUUGUUUAACAAGUUGUGUGAAUGUGACGAAAGUGCUGUUGAAGCUGCUCUGAAGGAAAGUGUUAAUUAUAUUGCCAACAUGGGCAAGGAGAAGAUUGCAGUUCCAGUGUUCAUUGAUGAGGCACAGGUCUUGACAAAAGCCUCUGUGAGAAAGUUUGAGGACUCUGGGAAAAAUCCAAAUACCAGAGCACUCUUUUCAAAAGUUUUCAGAGUAAUGAAUUCAUUGCCAUCGCCAAGCAAGAACAUUAAAAUUGCCACAUUUGUCUCAGGUACAGCUAUUACACUGACUCAUGAGAUAAAUCUAAUUCGAAGUGCUGUAGGCAAACCUGAAGCAGAAUUACCAGAAUACCUCAUCUUCAAAGACUUUGAACGGAUGUUGACACGUCCAAGGAUGGAGGCAUAUGUUGGAAAAUUCAUAAACUUCACAAAACUUGGUUCAAGAUCGGUCCCAGACAGGAAGGUGGUUGAAGAAGUGUACACUAUUUUCAAAGGGAGACCUCGUUUCCUGGCAUACUUUAUUGCAACAUGUCUUAGAUCAGAGGAAACAGAUGCAAAAUCCCUCUUGAAAAAUUCAAUCGACAGGGCGAAAGCCAAGCUGAUUGGGAAGAAGGGUGAAAAGGAUAACAAGAUCUCCAUUCGGUGUGCCCUUGAAAAAGGUCUACCUCUUGAUAACAACGAAAGCAGAAGACCGGCAGAAAUAAGAAGAGGAGAAAGGGUUUCAUCAGUCGUUGAAAUGCUGAAAAAAUUGGUGCUGUCCUUCUUGUUUUUUGGUGAGGAAGGCUUCACCCACCAUUGGGAAGAAAAUAGUGAUGCAGCUGAACUGAUUGAUGAAGGAAUCUGCUACCUGAAGUUCGAUGAUGAAAUGAAUAGCAACAAACCUGUGAGGUAUGGAGUUCAAGAACUACUUGUGGUUGAGGCCAUUGAAGGUUUCAUUAGAGAUGAGUAUGACCAAACGUUUUAUUUAUCAAAUAAAAUUCAUGAAUUAGUAGAAAUCUCUGCCUCUGGUCAGUUCGCAAGUUCAUCUGCCAAAGGAUUUUUCUUGGAACGGUUGGCCACGAAAUGGUUGCAGAAUUUCUUUACUGAUGAAAAUCUGAUCAAAGCUGUUUGUUCAAGCAUGCCCUAUGAACAUCUGAAGGAUUUCAGAUUGAAACUUACUCAUGGCGGUGUGGAUGAACGAAACGGGGUUGUUUCAUUUGAUGGGAAAGCGGUGAGCUCGGUCAGAAACCCCAAACCUUCACCUCAUUAUGAGUUGUGGAGGAAGGAAUGUUUGAAAACUGCAAAACCUCCAAGUAAAAACGGGUAUGGGUAUCCCUACCUACAUAGGUUCUUACUCGAGCCGUUUUCCGAUUUUCUGCUGCCCGAACAAAAUGCGGGGCCAGACAUCGUUUUCUUAUUAGAUAAGAGAACAAUGUCGCAGACAGGAUCAGACCCAAAAUUAGGAAAUGAAGCAAGAGAUAGCAGUGAAGAUAAUGAUACUAGUGAGCAGAAGCUCUGCUUGGUGCAAUGCAAGUGGACUGGUGAAAAGUCGGUGAGGAAGGAUGAGUGUGACCACGGUUAUCAAACGACAUGGUGGGAAAAGUUGUAUUCUGGUAAAAAUUUCAUGUCUCGCCAUGAGUUUUCAAUGACUAUGGCAACAGAAAAAUACAGAGCCAAUGAAAUUGGAACUGUAAGGGUGUUGAUAUGUCUGCCAGAUUUUGCACAAGGGUUUAGGAAACAACAUCCUGUUGACAUAGAAGUCAAUGGAAACGACAUAAGUUUUUUCAUAAACUUAAAAAAUAUGGUGCAGUUUGGAGCUAGUGAAAAGGAUAAGGCACUUUGGACAGAACUCGUGCAGUAAAGUGGUUGGAAUGUGACACAUUUUUUUCUUCGCAGCGAAUUUCUCUGGGAUACACUUCGGGGAAAGCAAUCCUGUCCAUCGUGUAUUUGGAUUAAAUAGAAUAGUAGCCUUCACAUCAACUUGAGAAAAAGGGUCAGUUUGGGGAUUGUUAGUGCUUUGAAUAUGCAAACAGCGGCGUACAAACGCAACUUCAAAGCACCUUUGGACCAGAGCCACAUGGGAAAACUUAUGAAGGUAGAUACCAACAUUUGAUUUUCUUUUGAGGUGUGGAGUCUUGUUAAAAGAUUAACUCUUUACUCUUGUACUCUGCACUCUUGUGAAAAUGUUGAAUGAACCCUUACAAAGUAGGAUCAACCAAUACAACCACUUCAAGUGGAAGGCAGUGUUUCAUCAAAUUGUGCAAACCUUUUCAUGUAUGGAACAGCUUUAGUUUGUUAUUUUUGUAUCCAUGUAACCAGGAAUUAAUAAAGACGAGUCUGUAUCAUUUCUUGAUGUAAGUGACCUGUACUGAGAACGAUGACGUAAUUUUUUGUAUUUAUGUAACCAAGAGGUACUGAGAAUGAUGACUUGAUGUUUUGUAUUUAUGUAACCAAGAGGUACUGAGAAUGAUGACGUAAUGUUUUGUAUUGAUGUAACCAAGAGGUACUGAGAACGAUGACGUAAUGUUUUGUAUUGAUGUAACCAAGAGGUACUGAGAACGAUGACGUAAUGUUUUGUAUUGAUGUACCCAAGAGGUACUGAGAACGAUGACGUAAUGUUUUGUAUUUAUGUAACCAAGAGGUACUGAGAAUGAUGACUUGAUGAUUUGUAUUGAUGUAACCAAGAGAUACUGAGAAUGAUGACUUGAUGUUUUGUAUCUUUGUAGCCAAGAGGUACUGAUAAUGAGGUACUAAGAAUGAUGUUAUUACAUGUAUAUUUUGAUUCUAGCUAUGUAACUGAGAGCUGCUGAGGAUGAUUAUUUUGACUUCUUAUUUUUAACUAAGAGCUGCUGAGAGUGAUGACUUCAUAUUUUGUUUCUAAAUGUAUGUAUUUUACAUGUAGAGCUGCUGAGAAUGAUGACUUAAUUGUCCUGUUUUAAAAGCCAGGGGAAUUGGCUGGUUGCGCCUGGAUGAUGCACAUUUUGGGGAAGUGAAACUGCAUUGGAGAUGAAAGUUGGUGUAGAAACCCAUUUUAGGGGGUCUGUGGGUCCUCCCCCAAAAUAUUCUAACAUUUAAGGACUAAACAGUGCAUGGCAUAUGGGAAUAACAAUACAUUGUUGGCUGUUCUAAAGCUAUGCUUUAAGAAAUGGACCUUUGGCUUUGCUUUGCUGGGAGUGCACAUGAAGAGUUUCAUAACAAAAUGAGCGAUAUUCAUUUUUGCUUCAAAGUUUGGAAUUCAACUGAAAAGGCAUUAUGAACUUUUUAUCAUAGAAUUUAACAGUUGUCCGGAAUGCUGUGGAAUUUGGAGAACAAACAAUAUGGUGUGACAAAAUAUUGUAUAUGGCGAAUAUUAUGUUUUGCAAUGCAUUACCAGCUAUUGCGGGCCUAGCCAAUUAAGCCAAUUAGUGCACCUGCUUAAUUGGUCCUGGCAAGCCUAAUGGAAAAUGCAUAGGAAAUAUCAAUAAAGUUGGCUUUUUGGGCGGGGUGUUAAAAUAAUCCCAACUCCCGACUUCUGACACAAUUCUAUAUAUGUCUAGGUAUUUACUGGCAAAAUUUGGAGUGAUUUGGAUGGAAAUUCGAUGUGUCCAUCUAUAGGUUGAAAAUUUUGGUAAAUAUGUAAUGCUUCACUCGUAGCCCGUAAUGUAAAUUCCUGAGAAAGUGGGUUUUGGGGGCUUUUCUAGCUGCGCUAGCUCCGAAACUAUACAUUUGAUACAAACUCCCGACUUCAGACGUGGUUGAUAUAACUCAUAGGAUUAUAUUCCCAAGAUUUCAGCUUUAUUGGAGAAAAAUUCAUAGUGUCCAUAGGGGGGUUGAAAAUUGGAGGAUUUUCAAUUUUUUUCCCAACAAAUAUGCGAAAAAUAUUACUUUCCACCUAGAAUUAAUCAAAAGUUCGCAAACUAUCAUAAAGUACUUCCUUGCAACAAUCAUUUGUGAAGCUUUCAAAACUUUUGGCUGAUUUAUUUGACCCUAAAUCAGCAAAAACCAAACAUUUUAGUGUUUGUAUGCACCAAUGCACAGGAGGCUAAUUGCCAGAUUAAUUCACACCUUUCCAAUCUCAAACAAUAGGAAUGAUGGAGUCUCCCUCUAUUCAAAACAGAGUGUGCUAGGCCCGCAAUAGCUGGUAAUGGGAACUCUUCACAUGCGCCCAUUUGCAUUGCUAUCCCUCCUAACCUUUUACGACUGAUUCUGUAUCAAGGUAUCUGGACAAAGGAUCCCAAGAAGAUGAUAACAUUAUCUUAUGCCUUGUAUUCAGAAUUUUGUUCCGCUAUGAGACUUUUUGUUGAGAACAUGUGAGUUUGUGGCAUACUUUGUCCUUAGAACCCUUUCUUCACUGUGCCAUAUAUAAUGUAAUAAUCAUUCCAAGCAUGAUUAUUUAGAAUAUUUUAUUAUUGUUUUAAACGCUUGAAAAGCUUUAGAUAUAUUCCUGUGACUGGAAUGACUUGUAUGUUUAUCAUUUCAUGUAACAAUUAAUGA